AUGAACAGAGUAAGCGAAAUCCUACAACUGGAAGAGCUGAGGGUCAAAGUUACUCUCCUCGUCCCUUCUCCAUCUCCGCUAUUUGGUCUCUUUCUAUUAUCCUUCUUCUUCUUUUACGGUUCAGAUAGAUCUCUAACUUCCUUUUCCACCACCCUCCUGAAACUACAACACAUGCAGCUGGCCGACGUCGACUGGAAAAACAUCAAAUCCAAGUAUGUGAGAGACGAAGUUUACGAGCACAUCAAUGCUCCCAAAUGGAUCAACCUUGCCGCCCCCGAUGCUUCGCCGGUCGAUGACGAAGCUUGGUUCUUCCGCCCUGGACACCGUGGGCCUUUAAAGACCAAAGCAGCUGCUCCCAAGAAGUUCGGAGAUCAUCUUGAGAACCAGAAUCCCAAUCUUUCUACACCUCCUCCAGCUAGCCGGUCAUUUGGUGCUCCCAGAAGGACCAAGACUGCUAAGGAGAUGAUCCAGUCAAGCGCAGAAAAGGUGGAGGAGGAGAGGGAAGAGUGGCAGCAGCAGAAGAAGUCUCAGCCGCGGCACAAGAACACUCUCUCGGCGAGGAAUCUGUUCUCAGGGAAGGACAUCUUGUGCCAGAUCUCCGAAUUCUGCCAAGAGCUCAAGAAGUUGACAGUCGGAAGUGAGAGACCUGCUGCCCAAGAGGGGAGGCUAAGGAGGAGGUGCAUAAAAAUAUCAAUUCUGAUGACAGGAUUGAUGCAAUUCAAAUGUGCUAUUGGUAAAAUGGCUUGCAGGAGAGAUGGUGGGUCGGGGAAGAAGAGUGGCAAAAUGGCAACGAAGGUUGAGGUAGAGGAGGAGAAAUAUAAGAAGGGCUUUUAUGAGAAUUCAUCCAUACUGAGGGAGGUGAGAGCUUGUCCUCCCACUCCUCAGCACAUUCCUUCGCCCUCAAAUCGUCGCCUCAGAAACCCCAAGGCCACCGCAACCACAUGCUCUCCUCUUAAUUAGCCUCCAAGAUCUACAGCUCUAAACAUGGGGAUACUUCAGGAUUUGGAGCGGAGUAGAGAGGAGAAAAGAGAACUGGCUUCAAACGAUGAAGACUAGCAACAAGGCUUCUGUUGCUUCCGAUAAUGAAAGAAGUUCAAUGGAUAUGUUUUGGUUCUUGAAGCCC